CCUGCUCCAUACAGCACCCAUGCAAAACCUAUCGCUCGUAUACAUUUGGCAGUUGGCACUCCUUUCAGCAACACGAGCACACAGGCCUCCUCCCUGCUGCCCUUAUUCCCUUGUCUCUCCUCCGAUCCAUUGCUUCGCUGCUUCCUUCGAUUCCUCUCCUUGAUCGUCCAUACAUACACACCCCAUCGAUCGCCAAGGAAGAGCUAGCUAGCAGGGUGCUGAGAGGGUUUAAUUCCCAACCUCGCUCAUUGCUAGCCACACCACCAGCCGGUUACUUGGUUCUUCGUACGUACCUGGUGGUACUGCAAAUUAUUCCGCAGAGGCACGAGAAAAUUCUGUACCUAGCUAGCUCCCUCGUCGCCUCGCUCCACCGUACCUAGCUGCAUGGGCAGCGGCGGCGAAGGCAGCGACGGCGGCGCCGCGAGCUUUCGGGAGGCUCAUGACUUCAGCAACGUCGCGUCCUUCUCUGAGCUGCCGUUCCUGCGCUCCGCCCCGGCCCGUGAAAGCUCCAACAACUCCGGCAUCCGCAUCUUCGGUAUCGACGUCCCACAUUCACCGCCGGAGAGAAAGGCUAAAGAGGCCACCGCCACCACGCCCGCUACUACCGCCGCCGCUUCCGCCACGCAAAGCAGCAGUGGCGGUACCAGCACCACCGUCGUCACAGCUGCCACCGACAGCAGCCGCAAGUUCGAGUGCCACUACUGCUGCAGAAACUUCCCGACGUCGCAGGCGCUCGGAGGCCACCAGAACGCGCAUAAGCGCGAGCGGCAGCACGCGAAGCGGGUGCAGAUGCAGUCCGCAAUGGCCGCUGCGGCGGCGGCUGCCGGCGGCGCGCACCACCACCACCUCCUCGGCUACCCGCAGCAUCGCUUCGGCGUGGCAGGUCCCACGGUGGCGACAUUGUACCCCUCGUGGACAACAAUGAGGGCUCCUGCAGCAGGCGCCGCUGCGGCCGGUGCCGUCGCCAUCGGCCCGCCGCAGUUCUACAGCGGGAUCGGGUCGAUCACCCAGCCGAUCAACGGGAACCCCCUGACGACUGGGCUCUGGAGGGGGCCGCCUGCUGGGCACGGGAACACGAGCGUACCGCCGGGUGGAGACCGGCGGCCAGUUGCGCUCUCGUCGUCCGUGCUCCGCGGUGACGAUCCGAGGGCCUCAACUUCUCUUUUGGCGUCGCCCUCCUCUUCUUCCUCUUUGCUGCUAUCUCCACAAGGUCAGUUUGUAUGUGAGCAGCCAGCGACCACUGCAGCCGAGGGUGUGAGCUUAGAUUUGCAUCUAUAAUUGUUUCCUUUCUCUGAUGCUUUUAGCGGAUCACCCCAAGAACUGAUUUCCCUACCUUUCCAUUAUCUGCGGUUACUCUUCACUGAAUUCAGAUCGUGCCUUA